AUGCUUGCUCUGGGUGGGACUAUUGGCACUGGUCUCUUCGUUGGAUCCGGUCAGGCCUUACAACAAGGCGGCCCUGUAUUUCUCGUUAUAGCAUACUGUCUCUUGACCUUCCUUGUUCUCGGUAUUGUGACCGCCACCACCGAGAUAAGCUCAUAUCUCCCUGUGCCCGGCUGCUCUGUUGCUUACUACGCUCAUCGAUUUGUCUCGCCUAGCAUGGGGUUUGCCCUGGGAUGGAUGUACUGGUACAUAUUCACCAUUACUGUUCCUGCCGAAGUCGUCGCAGCCAGCGUAAUCAUCGAUUACUGGAGCCCUCCCGUCAACAUCGCGGUUUGGAUCACGAUAUUCAUCAUCUUGAUCAUCAUCCUUAACCUCCUUCCCGUUAGUGCCUACGGAGAAGCCGAGUUUUGGUUCGCAUCAUUGAAGGUGCUCGGGAUAAUUGGCCUGUUGAUAAUGGCUCUUGUCUUAAUACUGGGAGGAGGUCCAACGCAUGAUCGUCUGGGUUUCCGCUACUGGAAGGACCCAGGCCCGGUAAAGGAUUACGUUGCUGAGGGGGCUACUGGCCGUUUUGUGGCCUUUAUCUCUGUCACUACACUAUCGGUCUUUGCUUUUGGUUUCGCCCCCGAACUGUUGGUUGUUACUGGCGGCGAAAUGCAAAGACCUCGAGAGAAUCUGCCCAAGGCAGGAAAGCGAUACUUUUAUCGACUCGUCGCCUUCUACAUCCUUGGCUCUUUUGCUAUCAGUAUGAUCGUUUCAAGUGAUAACGAUCAGCUACUGGGCGGUGGAUCGGGCGCUGGUGCCUCGCCGUGGGCUAUUGCUGCCAGAGAGGCCAGUAUCCCAGUCCUAGAUUCCAUCAUCAACGCGAUUAUUCUUACAUCUGCAAUAUCGGCGGGCACGUCGUACCUAUACAUGUCUUCUCGCGUGCUGUACUCAUUGGCCGUUGCAGGAAAUGCACCUAAAAUCUUCGCCCGAUGCACACGCAAGGGUGUCCCUUACUAUGCGUUAGCAACAAGUGUUACAUUUUCUGCUUUGUCUUACUUGAACCUGUCCGCAACGGGAGCAGUCGUCUUCAACUGGUUCGUAAACCUGAUCAACACGGGCGCAUAUUUGAGCUGGAUUUGUGUCUGUCUGAUAUAUCUGCGUUUCCGCAAAAUCACCUCUGCUCAAGGUAUUGACCACACUGCCCUGCCAUAUCGGUCUAUCCUACAGCCCUACAUGGCAUACGUGUCGGGCGGGGUGUUUUCAAUUCUUCUCUUGCUCAAUGGCAUGGCAAACUUUUUCCCUGGCCAUUGGGACACAUCGACCUUCAUUACAUGCUACAUCGGCAUUGUCAUUCUACUUGUGUUUUAUACCGUCCACCGCUUUACACUGGGUCGGAAAGACCCUUGGAUGAGGCCACUCCAAGAAGUUGACAUGGUUUCUGGACUGGCUGAGGUUAUUGCAGAUGAAGAAAUGGAGUUGCCACUGGAACCGAGAAAGCGUUUCCCAGUUUGGCGAUAUUUAUGGGAGUAG